AUGAACUCGCUCAACAUCCUCUCCUCGCGAGUCAUCGGGCAGUCUUCUAGCUCUCCGCGUCCACGAUCACAAUCUCAGAGUGAGAAGCGGCGCGCAGCUGCGCCAGGUGACUUUGACUUCAGCAAGCACCGGUCUUACAGUGAGGACAACUUCCGGUCAAACGCUAGCCCCGAGCUGAGCUACGACCACCCAGCACCGUACGUGGAGGAUGAAAGCUACGAGGACACGCAUCAUUCAUUUGACGAGAAAACGACUUUGCUCCACGGCGUUCAGAAGGAUGCUCUUGUAACGAAGAGCACAUGGCGUCUCAUCACUAAACGGAUCUUCGAUGCGAUAGCCGAGACGAUCCAAUUCAUUCUAUCUACGCUAGCUGCCCCCGGCAUUUUCGUGGCGCAGUGCUUUCAAAAUAGCGACGGGCAUUACUCGCUGCUUGCCCCAGUGAGAAAGAUCUGGAGAACGUCUGCCGAUACAAGGAACCGGCCGGAUGAGGGAGGCCCUCGGGUAGAAACACGGCGACGAAGUGGCUCCACUCGCAAGCCCAGACCCCAAGCAUCUCGUGAAUCCAUUCAUUCCCAUACGUCAGAAUCAGAGACGGAUCGCAGAUCUAUUAAAGGUCUCACCAGCGCCAAGAUACGAUCAAAUAAGAACCAAGACAACGACCCGGAUCCCAACCAGGAUGACAAUACGCCGCGCCGGUCGAUACGAAUUAAGUUGCAUAACGAGGAAUCUUUGAAGAAACAGCGACAACACCGACGGACCCAGAGUACGGAUCUGGAGCAACCGAUGCCCGAGGGCGUGACUCGAGUCCAGGGGGCUGUCAAUUUGGAUAGCCUGAAGUCUCCCACCUCCCCAUCUGUUCAUCGCAUUACCAGAUACCCCCACUCUCCAGCUCCUCCACGGCCUCUUCUCCCGCCGCGACUCCCUUCAUAUACUGCAGCACCGCGCAAUGCCAAGCUUCCGCAGAAAACUUUGGUUCUUGAUCUUGAUGAGACGCUCAUCCACUCACUCGCCAAGGGUGGCCGCAUGUCCAGCGGGCACAUGGUUGAGGUGAAGCUCUCCAUGCCCAUGACCACAGCUCUGACACCCGGAGGCCCACAGACGACGUUGGGUCCGCAGCACCCGAUUCUGUACUAUGUCCACAAGCGGCCACACUGUGAUGACUUCUUGCGAAAGAUCUCCAAGUGGUAUAAACUUGUGAUCUUUACCGCAUCUGUACAAGAAUACGCCGACCCUGUGAUCGACUGGCUCGAGCAGGAACGCAAGUACUUCCAGGCACGGUAUUACCGACAGCACUGCACGCUUCGGAAUGGUGCCUACAUCAAGGAUCUAAGCUCCGUUGAACCGGACCUGAGUAAGGUUAUGAUCUUGGAUAACAGCCCGAUGAGCUAUCUGUUCCACGAGGAUAACGCGAUCCCCAUCGAAGGCUGGAUCAAUGACCCUACGGAUAAUGGUCUCCUACAUCUUGUCCCCAUGCUGGAAGCUUUGCAGUAUGUCACCGAUGUCCGCGCACUGUUGGCACUUCGCCGCGGUGAGACCGAGACAUAA